CUGUAGCAGAGAGGUUCUAAGUACAUUAUGGAAUUGUACAUCGGUUUGUUAUUUCUUGCUUUGAUGCUUCUAUUGGUCGUUACAUAUGUUUACACUAAAGGCCGUGAUCAACUUUACGUCAGACAUAAGAACUUGGAAGGAAAAACAGUCAUUGUAACUGGUGCAGAGAAAGGCAAGUGGUUCAAUACAGUACUUGAAUUAGCUAAAAGAAGAGGGCGUAUAAUCAUGACGUGUGCAGACAAGACAGCCGGAGAAUCUGCCAGGCAGCGAAUUGUAAAGUUGACAGGAAACACAAAUGUUGUCUACAGAGAACUUGACGUCAGUCAGAUGUCAUCUGUGCGAGCGUUCGUAACGUCAUUUAAAAUAUCGGAGAAAAAGUUGGAUAUUCUUAUCAACAACGCAGAAAUGUGCACUAGGAAGAGAACAGUGACAAAAGAAGGCCUCGAAUUAAUCUUUGCCACCAAUUUUUUUGGACCUUAUUUGCUGACAACUCUAUUACUAGAUUUAUUAAAGAAGUCACACGGUCGCGUUGUAAAUGUAGGCUCUGUUCUUCCUGCAUCCAUCGAGUUGGAUUGUGAAAAUCUAAGAGCUGAGAAAGGUUUCCACAGUCAAAGGUUCUAUCAAUCUAAACUGGCGUUAUUAAUGUUUACCAAAGAGCUGGCAAGACGCACGGUAGAUUCAGGCGUCGCUGUAACAUUUGUCCACUCAGGGCUGGUACAAGCAGAACUAUACACAGACAUAUCCUGGGUAUAUCUUUUUCUGCAGUCCAUCAUAGCAGGACAAUGUGUAAAGACGCCGUUAGAGGGCGCCACGUCUAUCUUGUUCUGCGCUUUGGAUGACUCAGUGCAGACUGGAGGUUAUUACAUGGACUGUCGUCUAUAUGACCAAAAUGUGUGGGUCCCCAAGUGUGCUUAUGACGAGGGACUGGCCAGGAAACUCUGGGAGAUCAGCGAAAGACUCACAGCCAGUAGUGACGUCAUCGGUCAGCUCAGGGAGAGGCUCUCAAAGGGGACUUAGUCCAAAUCCGCUUUUCUUCAGUUAUAAACUAAUGAAUAUUUCUACAACAAUAAAAUUAAGUUUUCAAACUUUA